CUGGCGGAGGGACGCAUCACGCAAGGGUGGGGAAGCGGGAUCCGUGCGCAGGGUUGCUAAGGGUGAAACUUUUCAUUGACUUUGCUCACUUCGGGCCGGGGCGCGGGAAGGAGCAGUCGUCUGCUGACAUCUGCGGCUCAGGCGGCCGGGUGGCUCGGGCGACGUGGGGCCAGAAGGCAGGAGCGCCCGCAGACCAGAGCCCGGACCGUCCUCUGCCCCGCGACACUAGCCGCCCUCUGCUCCGCCAUCCCCGCGCUGUCGCCGCCGGCCGCCCCGCCCGCACUCCGUCCCCCCGAGGUCGAGCCCGACCUCCCCAAAGCUGAGAGGAUUAGUGUCGAGAGCCACAGCCCGGGGCCUCCCGCACGCUCCUAGCCCCCGACGGGGAACCGGACGCAGCAGCCCGGGCCCCGGCGGCGCCAGGUGAGAAAGGAAGAGCGGUCUCCGCCCCGCGCCCGGACCACCCUGGAGGGAGCGGCGGCCCCGCGGACACCGAAGUCAUCAGGAGCCCACACCUGCCUGCCUGCCUCGUAACUUCUGCUACUGCCCUGAGUUUGUGUACGUGCCCAGCGCUGUCUGCUCAGGAAAGGACCAUGCAGCUGGAGAUCAAAGUGGCCCUAAACUUCAUCAUCUCCUACUUGUAUAACAAGCUGCCCCGGCGCCGGGCAGAUCUGUUUGGGGAGGAGCUAGAGCGCCUCUUGAAAAAGAAAUAUGAAGGCCACUGGUACCCCGACAAACCGCUGAAGGGCUCCGCCUUCCGCUGUGUCCACAUUGGGGAGAUCGUAGACCCAGUUGUAGAGUUGGCCGCCAAGCGCAGUGGCCUGGCAGUGGAGGAUGUUCGGGCCAAUGUGCCUGAGGAGCUGAGUGUGUGGAUCGACCCUUUUGAGGUGUCCUACCAGAUCGGUGAGAAGGGGGCUGUGAAAGUGCUAUACCUGGAUGACAGUGAAGGCUGUGUGGCCCAGGAGCUGGACAAGGAGAUCAAGAGCAGCUUUAAUCCGGAUGCCCAGGUGUUCGUGCCCAUCGGCAGUCAGGGUAGCUCUCUGUCCAACUCCCCGUCACCAUCUUUUGGUCAGUCACCUAGCCCCACCUUCAUCCCCCGCUCUGCCCAGCCCAUCACCUUUACCACUGCAUCCUUUGCUGCCACCAAGUUUGGCUCCACCAAGAUGAAGAAGGGAGGUGGGGCAGCCAGUGGAGGGGGUGUGGCCAGUGGGGGAGUCAGUGGCCCUCAGCCCCCACAGCAGCAGCCCCGCAUGGCCCGUUCCCCUACUAACGGUCUGCUGAAGCACAAGAGCCUUUCUCUGUCUAUGCACUCACUGAACUUCAUUACCACCAACCCGAUCCCUCAGUCCCAGCUUUCACCCAAUGCCAAGGAAUUCGUGUACAAUGGUGGAGGCUCUCCCAGCCUCUUCUUUGAUGGGGCUGAUAGCCAGGGCAGUAGCACCUCAGCCCCCUUUGGGGGCAGUGCAGCUGGUCUCAGCAACAACAGCAGCUUUGACAUGAGCCAGGUGUUUGGAGGUGGCACCAACAGCCUCUUCCUGGAGAAGACACCCUUUGUGGAAGGCCUCAGCUACAACCUGAACACCAUGCAGUACCCUAGCCAGCCCUUCCAACCGGUUGUGUUGGCCAACUGACCAUCCCCUGUCCACAGGGCCAGGUGCAUCCAAGACCACAGAAAAGAAAAAGGAAAGGAAACACCGAAAAAGAAAAAAAAGGAGAAGGAAAACAAAAAGAUUAAAGAUUUCCAGUCUUCUUACUCUCACUUCUAGAAAAAAAAGAUCCAGCCCAGGCAUGGAGUGGGAGGGGCUCGCAAAGCACUAAAUGGUGUUUAAAUCCACCCCUUGCCCUUUCUCUGCCGGCCUGAUUUUGGUUGAUUUGGGUUUUAUAUUUAUUUUCUUUUUCUUUUCUUCUUCUUUUCUUUUUUUCUUUCUUUUUUUUUUUUUUUACCUGUAGCACUCUAUAAUAUCUUUAAUUAUUGGCUUCCUGUGCUAAGAAUGGUCCAGAUGUGAAUUGCUGCUCCCUCCUUCUCUCCCUCCUCCACACACCACCUGGUUUAGGAUUGGUGUGUCCAAGCUCACAGGGAAGGAAGAGCUGCAGCUAGGGCCUGGCCCUUCCCCAGAAUAGGGAGAGGCCACCCCAUGUCACUGCCUCUGUCACCCUAUCCUCUUAAAGCCAUCUAACCUCAACAGGCCUUUUCAGGCUCUGCCACCUGAAUAGGUCUGGCCCCUGCUCCCACUCCUCAGGCCCAGGCCAUGAAGAGAUAGCAGCUGGUCACUUGACACCCUCCCCCCAAGCUGAUGUCUGACUCCAGGGAGGUCAACACUCUGAUGGGACUUUUCAUCUCUGUCCUGUGGCUCCAUAACACCUCCCCCCAUAUGGCCCAGACUGCCACAAUGGCCCCAGAAACCCUUCCAUCAAUCCACGUGACCACUCAUAGUCCCUUCCUGGGUCUAAAGUUGGGGGCAGGCAAGUGUGGGUCUGCCUGUCUGUCUGUCUAUCUGUCCUUGGUUUGCUGUCCUAUGUUAAAGGAUUCCAAGCCAUGUGAAACUUUGCCCUCUGGAUGCGAUUCUGGGUUAUAGCAAGUGCUUAUUUCUGUCAAGGUUGGGAAGUAGGUCAGGGUGGGCUGUCAAUCCUCCUAUGGGGUGGGACAUGUGCCCUGAGCCUAAGACAGUGCUGGGGAAGCACUGCAAAAGGAACUGGUCUUCAGAGGGAUCUGCACUUUUUGUUUGUUUUUGACCAAAAAAGGGGAGGGGUGCUUGAGGGGCUAAAGGAAUAUGUUAUGAGAAAUGCCUGGACUCAGACCCUCCUGUUGAGUCCCUCAGGUGACCUUAGCCCAAGGGUGGGAGUUUAGGGUCUUUGCCUAGAGUGAGCAAGUCUGAGCCUUGGAUUGAGGCUGUGGUCAUGGUUGUCAGUGUUAAUUUAGUACGUUCUAACCCUGUCUGCUUGAGGACUUUUUGGUGUCUCUUGCCAUCCCCUCACUGCCCAGCCCACCCCUGUAGGCCUUUGCUGUAAGGAGGUCGGGCUAGACAGGCACUUGACCACUGCAGCUGGGUUUGGAUUAUGGGAGAGCACACACUCCUCACCCCUGCCAUCAGAGAGGUAGUUUCUCUGACCAUGCCGUCUUGGCUUUCCAUGCCUGAUACAUGUAUGAUGUCAAGACCCCGUUAUCAGAGUGUACUAAGGCCUCUGGCACCAUGGUAACCCUACAUGGGCAGCUGCUCUGGCAGUGGGUCUGGCCCAGAUAGACACUGCCAGCCUUCUUUCCCGGCAGCAGCAACAGGCUCUACCUCCCCCUAGCAGGGCAAUGUCCUGACUGCUCAGCCCAUCACCGUCUGUCCCCCUAGACUUCUCAGGAGCCAGCCCAGUCUGGGCCAUCCUCUCCCCAGCCCUCAGCUCCCACACAGGUGGCAGGCCCAGGCAGAUGGCUGCUCACUGGGGAAGGGCAGAUGCUGCCUUACACCCCCUCCCCCACUCACACAGAUACCUACCCCCACCCUGAUCAGCUUGUGUCACCACAUACAGGGAGGGGGGACCAACCCCUGGCAUCCUGAAAUACGGAGAAAAAUGUGUGUUCAGGAGCAUGACUCCAGUGCUGGGUUCUUGAGCUCAGUUCACUCUGUCUUGUCUCAAAUCUAGGUAUCUUGCUUCUAUUUUAUUUUAUUUUUUAAGGAAACAAAUCUGCACUAAUUUACCUGGUUUCGUAGGAACUUUUUUUUUUUUUUUACAUUUUUUGGUGUCCGUUUGUAUUGAAUAAUUUGCUACAUUUGUAAAAUGUAAGAGGUAUAUAUAAUAUAUGUAUAUUUCUAACGUAAAAAAGUAAUUUUUUCUUUUCAAGAUUUUUUCUUAGGAGAGAAACAGAUAUUUUUUCAGGAAAAACAAACUUUAAAAAAUGGAGAACAAAAACCUUUUUCUCCCCGUUCCCAACCCCCUCUCUAUGUACCCCUCUUUCUCAAGAACAAGUCAAAAGGUGGAGUGUCUUGUAAAGAAUGUAAACUUUUAGUCCAGAAUGAUGUAUUUUUCUCAAUGCAGUGAGCUGUAGAUUUCUCUAGUUUGACCCCUAGAGAUGGGUCGGGGGGCAUUGAAGCAACGUGGAGAGGAGCUUGGGGGGAGCAAGGUUGUGAACUUUUUUUCUUUAGUGAAGGAAGAAUACAAUCAAGCAUUUUGUAUUCAGAAUGUUGUGCAAUAUUUUGGAAUGGGACAUCGGUGUGUUUAGAGAUUUAGUUUAAAAACAAAACAAAAGAUUGAUCAAAUCUGUACAGUUUAUAUUGUUCCAGAUUUUUUUAAGUUUGUAUUAAAAGCAUGAUAUAUAAUAAUA